UCUGUUUUCAACUUAAAACGAAAGCAAUGAACGAAGACAAUGAUAUAGCAAUUGUAGGCAUUGGUUGUAUGUUUCCUGGCGCUGACAACGUAGACGAAUUCUGGCAAGUUUUGAUUAAUGGAGAAGAUCAUGUUCGAGAGAUCCCACCAGAAAGAUUCACUGUAGAAGCUUUUUACGACCCGGACCCUGAUCAUCCUCAUAAAACAUACGUAAAGAAAGCCGGUCUCAUAAAAAAACAUGAUGAAUGGGACAAUAAAUUCUUUGGUAUCAGCGACAAAGAGGCCGAGCAGGUUGACCCCCAGCAACAUUUUCUACUGGAGUCCGUGCACAUGGCAUUGGAAGAUGCGGGAAUUCCAAAAGAGAAAAUAGCGGGCUCGAACACUGGGGUUUAUAUUGGUGCCAUGAAUCAUGACUGGAACUCUCUUUUACGGUCAGCCAGAGGUGAAUCUACAAACACUACAGUGACAGGCACUGACUCCAGUAUACUUUCAGCAAGAAUCGCUUAUUUUUACAAUCUGCUGGGUCCUGCAAUUACACUUAACACUGCAUGCUCGUCGUCUAUGGUAGCUUUUCACAUGGCUGCCCAAGCGCUCAAAAAUGGAGAAAUAUCAAUGGCUAUCGCAGGUGGUGUCAGCUUUAUCCUUGAUCCGGACGUUUUUGUCAAUUUAUCAUCAGCCAGAAUGGCAUCGCCCACUGGAAAGUGUCACACCUUCUCACAGAAUGCUGAUGGAUACGCUCGAGGAGAGGGCUGUGGUAUUGUCAUAAUGAAACGGCUCACUGAUGCUCUUUGUGACAGGAAUAAAAUCUGGGGCAUUCUUUUCACGGGCCUUAAUCAGGAUGGUCAUACAACUUCUCCUAUCACUUCUCCUUCUGGUGAACAGCAGCAAAAAUUAAUGGAAUCUGUGUACAUACGAAGUGGAAUUUCACCACAUUCUGUACAGUACAUAGAAGCACAUGGCAAGUACUUUCGAUUUUCUACAAAAAAAAGAGUCAUGGUGACGCACACACUCAUGAUUUGACAUGAUUACCACGAUUUCACACAUUUUAUAUAUAUUAUAUACAGAUGAACUUUUAAAAAAGCAUGGUGUUUAAAAGUAAAUAAAUCUAAUUUUUAGGAGAAAAAAUAGAAUUAAUCAUUGAGCUACUGCUUAAAUAUUUUGUUCAUCUCCCGCUUCAUUGCCACGCAAACGCAUGGAACGCAAUACUAUGGUGUGGCAAAUACCAUAAGCAAACGACCCUCGCUGAAACAUGAUCUUUUCAAGAACUAAUAAUACUUUUUGCACUUUCCCUACUACAUACAUCGAAUUCCAAUUUUUUUCUUUGUGCGUCAAUCCCACUG